AUAGUAUUUCGCUCACGAUCGGAAACGAGGAUAAAGAAAAACCCUCUUGUUUUUACCUCUUUCUGUCAAUUGAAGAAAGCGAUAAAAACAAAAGGGAGCAAUGGAAUGCUUCCAGAAAUGAAACAAACUAACUUGUAAAAUCAGAUCAGAUAAAUCAGAAAACUGUUUUCCAUUUUUAUUUCUAGUUCGAUUUCAAAUCCAAACUAAAGGAAAAGAAGAAAAUGGCCUCGAAUCCUGCCCUGAUGCCCGAGAUCGGACCCGAUGGACUCGCUAGGGAAGCUCCUGUCAUCGCCUACACUGAGAAGAUAAUCGAGGAAGAGCGGCUUCAACUCAAGAAAUACAUAGAAGAAAAUUAUUCUAAAAUUCGUGAUGUUGAAAGAGAACUAGCAAAUCUUACUAUGGAGAUGAAACUCACUGCUGGACCUAAAAAAGCAGCCCUCGAACAUAUGAGAAAGAAAAUUGAAAUGUCAACUGAGAGAAUACACAUUGCCAAGCAGAAGGAAGAACAAGCCCGAAAGAAUUGGGAAGCAGCAUUAAAGGCUCUGAAUGAUGAGGAAGCAAUUAAGCAGAAGUUAUGUGAGGACUUAAGCAAUCUGGUUCAAGAAAGCAGUAACUCUCAGUUUGCUCGACUUGAGGAGUUGAAAAGGCGAAUGGAAGCUCUGAACCCAAGUAGAGCAUCCACUUUGUCUCAUAAUGAUAUGAAAGCAAUUGGAUUCGCACAUGGUGCUGCCACUGUAGAUGCUUCCUCAGUUCCUCAAAUAACAGAAUCAGGCUCUGCUGUUUCUGAAAAUGUACCUAAUCUAGGUAAUGGCGGAAAUGUUCCAGCUAUUAAUGGGCAGAAUCAGCUGCCCACAAAUGAUGGAGAAGUAAAAGGAAAGAAGAAAAGCCAUUUUCCAGGAAGAGGAAAGGGGAUUGGUGCCGUGCCCAAGGGUAGAGGAUCUGCAGCACCUGGGUGGACAGGAGCAGGGUUUGAUGUGGACGCUAGAACUUAGAAGCAUCAUUUCAGACCUUAUCUAUUCUUUGCUGAAGUAUCAGGGCAAACCUAUCAGUGAUUGCUCAUGUUUAUGGGGUAUCACCAGUCCCCCCCCCCCCCCCCCCAUUUUCUUUUUCUUUACCCUUGUAUUCUUUCAAUUGCAUAUAGCUUGUUGAUAUGAAUGAUGCCAUUUGGCUUUUCUUUCUUAUUCAUUUCCUGGACUGACAUCAUUAUAGUUGUCUUCAAGCAGAAAAUCAUUUAGAAACUAUCUAUUUAAAACAUUAAUUUAAAAAAAGAAGGAAAACUCUCUCUCUGGCAUCAAAAGCUGAAACCUGAAUUUUUGUGGGAAGGUUUCUCUCUAAACGAAUGUAUUAACAUGUUAUCUGCUGAAACCUCUUUUGCUGAAUCUGGUCCGAACUCUCUAUAAUGAGAUGAUACAACUGUUGUUGUGAUUUUAAACUCCUGGUUUUUGUGAAGAAUUAAUUGGGACUAAUCAGGGUGAGCAGAGAUUCUUAUACUCUUUGCUAAUGAGAAUACAGGAAAGAAGAGGACAAUUAGUGUGUGCAAUUUUCGGAUUAAUUAUUGUUUCAAGGCACUUCGAUAUUUAAUUCUUAAUCUUCGUUAACAUCAUAUGAUCUAAAAAUGUGACACUUGCAUAUGUAACG